AUGGGCAACGACCAGGGCUGCUGCCGGCAGGAGGCUGAAAUUGCCAGCAUGAUCCCUGCAGAAACCGAGAAGGAGACCGUCACAGUCCAGGCAGUCAUCACUGAGCAGGAAGAUGAUGAUGUCGGACGCUUCGAAGAGCCUCCAACAUCUGCAGCUCUCCACGGAGAGAAGGAGCCGGGCGGACCAGCGGCAGCUGGCAAGGUCCGGCAUGAGAUGUCCCUGGAGGGCAACAGGCGAUCCUCCUCUGCCCUGAGUCUCAGCCUUGAUCCGGAGAUCCUGCGGAGCGUCCGGCUCAGAUCGACCCUGAAAGGUGGCGGUCGCCUCUGGCGAAAAUCCCCCAUCGAUAUGCAUAAGGAGCAGCGACUCCAACUCUGGGAGCAAUCCGAGCCUACAGAAGAGAUCGACGUAUUCUUCUCGCACACCUGGCAGACGGCCGGGCACUGGAAGUACUUGGCUUUGCUCUUUGAGACUGGGAGUUCCUGCUCCCUGGCAGCCUGGGGCGUGGCGAGCGCAACGAUGACGCUGCUCUGCUGUCUGGGAGCUGUCCCUUUGCCUUUUGGGCCCACCACCCGGGUCUUAAAGUUCGAGGCCGUGACCCCCAUGGGCCCCUGGAUCAUUCUCUCUGGCAUGGCGGCUUCCCUUCUUGGCUUGAUCGCCUCGCCUCAUGCGCCUGGAUUGCUGCGGCGAGACGAGUCUUGCUUUCUGGACAAGGUCUGCAUCCAUCAGGAAGAUCCAGACUUGAUGCGCCGUGGUGUCUACGGCCUUGGGGUUUAUUUGAGAAUGUCCAAAGAGCUGCGCGUGCUCUGGAGCUCGCCGUACUUCACCAGGCUGUGGUGCGUCUUCGAGAUCGCAGCUUACGCGGCCCUGAACUCUUCGGGAAGGGUGGUGCUGGCUCCUGUGUUCAUGGGAUGGAUGCAGGUAUUGCUGCUUCUCUGCUCUUACUAUCUUUCCGUGGUGAUGUGGCUGGUCACGAUUGCAGAUAGCGUGAAUCUAUCUGCGUAUCUCAUCGCAAUAUCCCCUCUCUGUUUCGUCACACAUGCGCUGCGCAGGAGUUUCCAUUUGAGGCAGCUAGUUGUUGUGGAAUUGGAAAACUUUGACUUAAAUGCUGCUGACUGUCGUGUGGCUGCGGACCGGGACUUUGUGCACGAAGCCAUCAUUGCGUGGUAUGGUAGCACGAAUGCCUUUACGCAGUACGUCCGUGGAGAUCUCCGAAUGGAGCUCUUGAAGAGCAUCCGAACAAAUGUGCCGAGAAUCUAUGUCGCAUUGCUAGUCUCGACAAGCACCUUGGCGACCGAUGGCUGGGGGGGCGGUUACCCAGAGGGCUUAGGAAAUUUGGUCUACUGCCCAACACCGGUUCCAUAUUUCCAUAGUGUCGUGGAUGCCAAGCGCUCAGGUUCCGAGAGUCAGAAUGAGUUGCCUUGGCAACCUCUGCCUGCUCUUUGGUUUGCAAUGGCAGGCUCUGAGCUGCCGCAGGCGGAGUUGCACCUGAAGCCUCGCAAAGUCAAUGGGCAGUUGCAGAGGACGGCAGCAUGGAGCCUCCAUCUUCGGGCCCUUCUCGGCUUCUGCGCAGCGAGCGGGGAGGGCUGGCAGUCGCUGCCGACGGGAGACUUCAGCAAGGCUGGAAGGGGGCCCGCCAGUAGCUGCCAACUCCAGCAAGACGCGCCGGAGCAGCAACAGAAUCAUUCGGACUUUCUUGCUUGCAAGGUGGCUGGAGCAACUGCUCAUCAGCCGGGCCGUGCUCCCGGCUGCUCCGAGAACGGUAAUGCCACCUUCGUUCCCAUGAGCAAAUGCCAAGAGGACCCUUGCGUGGACUGCCAGUGGACAGAUUGGGAGGCGUGGUCACCUUGUUCAGUCUCAUGCUCCGGUGGAAAGCGCAGCCGUCACCGUGCCGUGAAAGUACAGGCGGAAGGCGAUGGGCAAGAAUGCAUCGGCAACUCCACUCAGACCGAGGACUGCGGCGAAGCCGCCUGCCCUGUGGACUGUGAGGUUAGCGAUUGGACCGCCUGGACUCCUUGCGCGCCUUUCUGCCAUGGCACGACGAACCGAAGCCGGAGCGUCCACCGGCAAGCUGCCAACGGUGGCCUGGCCUGCGGCAACCUGUCUGAGGUGAAGUCGUGCACAAACUUCUGCAUGGACUGCAAGCUCUCGGACUGGGGCGAAUGGAGCACCUGCACUCGGAGCUGUGCAGGCGGCUCACGAUCAAGGACCCGAAACGAGGUCUUCGUGACACGGGAACAUCCUUCCAGCUCCUUGCUGGAGCUAGGUGCUCGCAGCAGGGCCUUCGGCUACGAGAAGAAACUGGGCCUGAGGUGUGAUGCGGGUCAUCAGCGAACUCUAGAUGGGGCGGGAAAGACGCCACAAGAAGCGCAGGCUCGGGACGGUGAUGUCGGCAUGCUCUUAGAGCCCGAAGAGAAGUCCUGCUCGUAUGUCAAGAAGGAGAUUGGUGAGGGUGUGCCUUGCACCGGCGAGAUCAGCGAGAAGGAGGAGUGUAGCACACAAGCUUGUCCAGUGGACUGCCGCCAAUCCGAGUGGACAGACUGGACAGAGUGCUCCCCAUGGUGCUCCGGAACCUCGAAGAGGACGCGCACCACCACUCGGGAGCCCGCCAACGGGGGUGUGGCCUGUGGCAGCAUUGCCGAGGUGCAGAACUGCACGAAUGUCUGCGUGGACUGCGAGUGGGGCAGCUGGGUCGCCUGGUCAAACUGCCCUGUGAGUUGUGGCGGAGCCAAGCAGAAACGCAGCCGCAACGUCUUGGUGCAGCAAGCGGGUAGGGGGAAGCCCUGCCAAGGCAACUCUUCGGAGGUGCGUGGCUGUGGAGAACUGGCCUGUCCGGUGGACUGCAGCAUGGAGGACUGGACGGACUGGACAAGCUGCACUCCGUACUGCAAGGGGAGUCAGUCCAGAACUCGCAGUAUUCUUGUUGACCCCGCGAAUGGCGGAAAAGCUUGCGGCGAAACCUCCCUGGUCGUGAACUGCAGCAACGCUUGCGUGGAUUGUGUGGUUUCCGAGUGGUCGGCGUGGUCGCCCUGCUCGGUGAGCUGCGGGAGCGGCGAGCAGUCGAGGAAGCGGGUGGUCUUGGUCGAGCCCGAAGGCCUUCAUCUGCCUUGCCUGAGCGGGGCGUCUUUUGUUCUUGCCGCAGGCCAGGGUGCCCCCUGCCCAGCGGACUUGCUGGACGAGAAAGAGGGCUGCAAUGCCACAGAAUGCCCUGUUGAUUGUGCAUGGCAAGAUUGGGCUCCGUGGAACGGUUGCCCAGCGACUUGUGGCGGUGCGAUUCAGAACCGGACCCGAGGCAAGACCGAAGAGAAGUUUGGUGGUGUGCCCUGCGAAGGCUGCGGUUUCUUUGGAUGCAGGUUGAGCAAGAAUAUCGCAAGAAGCGAGAUGUUGUGCUCAGGGGAAGCCCUCGAGCAGGGCUCUUGCGCAGAGAUGGUGUGUCCACAGGAGAUUUCUGGCACCAGGCCAGGGGAAACAUUCCUUGAGAGCCGCCGCUGUGAGGACUGCCUUUGGUCGGAGUGGGAAGCCUGGGGCAACUGCACCAAGCUCUGCGGCGGUGGGAAGCAGUCGCGCUACCGAUACAUAAAGCAGGAUGUGAUGGGAGAGGGCAGCAACUGCACCGGUUCGGCCAAGGACGAGCGGACUUGCAACGAGGAGAGCCUCCCCACCCCGUCCCCGAAUGCCAUCCCAAAGAGGGUGAACGCUUGUGUCCUGCAGGAUGCAUGCCCCAAGGAUUGCGAGUUUUUGGACUGGGAGGAGUGGAGCAGCUGCUCCGUGAGCUGUGGGGCUGGUGGCAACAGGACUCGGUCCCGGAAGGUGGAUGCGGAGAUCAACGGCGGUGCACCAUGCGACCCCGCGGUGCCGCUCCAGGAAACAGUUGAGUGCGGCACUUCCGGGUGCCCUCGGGACUGUGCUUGGGGCGACUGGGGCACCUGGACCAACUGCAGCAAAACCUGCGGCUUGGGCCUGAACGCCGGUAUCACUACGCGCCAUCGGGUGCAAGCCGUCACUGCGGCUUUUGGAGGGAAGGCCUGCGAGGGCAAGACUGUUCACACCACCCGCUGCAACGAGGUUCUUUGUCCCGUAAACUGUGAAUGGGAGCCCUGGACGGCAUGGACGGAAUGUGUGAUGCCUUGUGGUAGCAACGGGACGAGGCAAAGGUCACGCGGAAAGAUUCCACCCGCACAUGGCGGAGAGGAUUGUGUGGGGGACUCCACGGAGACCUCGGCCUGUACCGUGCUGGGCGGCUGCUCCGUGAACUGCACCUGGGAGGACUGGAACGAGUGGACUGCCUGUUCCGCCUCCUGCGGAGAGGGGAAUCGAGUCAGGUUUCGCUUCGUAGCUGACGAGGCCCGUGGACCACAUGGCCAGGCUUGUCAUGGCCAACCCCAGGAGGAGGAGUUUUGCAACCCUGGCAAUGCAUGCCCCGUCGAUUGUGCUUUCAACGACUGGAAGGACUGGGGUGCUUGUGAGCCCAUGCCCUGUGGCCCGGCCAAGAAGCUGCGAGCGAGGACGAAGCUGGCGGCGCGCUACGGCGGCAAGCCUUGCGACGGCAACGCCACAGAGGUGGAAGAGUGCACGGUUCCGGGAGGAAGAGUCAUUGAGUGCGACGAGAACGGCAAGCCCGUCACAUCGACCUCCACCACAAUGACCACCACAACUACGUUGACAACUACCACUCGGACCAAUACGACCACGACAAUCACUGCAACAAGCACGACCACACAAACCGUCACAAACACUACCACCACUCCAAGCACCACCACGCCCGCACCCAUCGUUGUCACCACGGUGGGGCUUAACCCGGAGUCGGCUGCUGCGGCCGUUGCUGCCUCUGCAGAGGAGUCCGUGCAAGGAAGUGAAGAGUUGGAGGUGACGGAUCCGGACAAGUUCGUGAAGGACCCGGCGGCGAAGGAGGCCUUGAAGGAGGCCAUCGCCCAGGAGGUCGGCGUCUCUGUAGAUGCCGUGAUCAUCAAGGGCGAAACCGUAGAGCCGCAGGCCCCUGCUGUUCUCCUGCAAUCUCACGGAGGCAAGGCCCGUCGGAGAGAGACUCCCAGUGGUCGCGUCAACGUUAGCUAUGAGAUUGUCCCACAGAUGAGUGGCAAGACGGUUGACGAAGUCAUGGAUAAGAUGGAGCAUAUGGAUCCACAAGAGGCCUUUCCUCAGCCCAAGCCUCAGCAUGGAAUGUUGCGCACGGCCAAUGCUCCAGGUGGCCGAAGUCCACGAGAAGAGCCUUUUGAGAAACAACGCGGCGAAGUACAGCGUCAAGGCCGAUCGCAAACACUCUGCCGAAGCGAAUCGGGUCAAGUAACGUCUAUCUGUGAGGUUGAGGAUACAAAGACAGUGGUGGUGUCCAUGUCCACUGGCAACACCGUCUCUUGA